GCAGCCUUAGGGUCUCUUCAGUCUCUCCUGCAAACUGGCUGCUGCUGGGAGGUCACUCCCCCAAAAAAACCUGCCGAGCCCGUGACCUGCAAGCACAAUAUUUGAUUUGGGAUCUAGGGCGGGCACCAGGCUUUGCAAAGCAGGAGACACUCUCACAUGCUGCUUGACACACGGGAGAUCCCGGAGAAGAGCAGCGAGGCUUUGGGAAGGAGGCUCUUAGCUUGGUCCUUCCAGCACCAGCACCAUGCGUUGGGCCACCAUCCUGAUCAUUGCUGGACUCUGUGGAACCUCCCUGGGUCAAUACAAUGAAGAAGAAGACCUGGCCUGGCUGCAGUACUACAUGAGGCAGUCCCGCAUGUCCUCCUACAACUACAUGCCCUACUACGAGGAUGAGAACACCCCCUACGUCUACUCUUACCUCCCAGCUCCAGACACGGAGCCAGAGCCUGGCCCAGAACCUCAGCAAGCACCUUCCUGGCAAUGUCCCCAAGAGUGUGAUUGUCCCCCUAACUUCUCAUCAGCCAUGUACUGUGACACCCGGAACCUGAGGUACCUGCCCUUCGUGCCUUCCCGGAUGAAAUACGUUUACUUCCAGAACAACAGGAUCACUGCCAUCCAAGAGGGAGCUUUUGACAAUGCCACGGAGCUGGAAUGGCUGGCGCUGCACAACAACCAGAUCUCCAGUGAGAAGAUGGGCAAGAAGGUCUUUGCCAAGCUCAAAAGACUGGAGAGGUUGUACAUGAACAACAACAACCUGACCAAGGUGCCCAGCCCUUUGCCACGGACCCUGAGAGAGCUCCACUUGUCUUAUAAUCAGAUCUCCAAGGUCCCCUCCAAUGCUCUGGAGGGUCUGGAGAACCUCACAGCUCUGUACCUCAGCCACAACUUCAUUUUUGAGUUGGGAGCAUCCCUCAAAGGGCUCAAGUCCUUGAUCCUUGCUGAUCUGAGCUACAACCACCUCAGGAAAGUCCCUGAUGGGCUCCCAAUGGCUUUGGAACAGCUCUACCUAGAAUACAACUACAUUAACACCAUCCCUGAUAACUAUUUCAAAGUCUCACCCAAGCUGCUCUAUGUACGGAUGUCCCACAACAGCCUGACAAAUCAAGGUCUCUCUACCAACACUUUCAACAGCAGCAGCAUCCUGGAGCUGGACCUCUCUUACAACAGGCUCCAGAAGAUCCCCAGGGUCAGCACCAACCUGGAGAACCUCUACCUUCAGGGGAACCAGAUCAAUGAGUUCUCCAUCAGCAGCUUCUGCACCGUGGUGGACGUGAUGAACUAUUCCAGGCUCCAGGUCCUGCGGCUGGACGGGAACGAGAUCAAGCGGAACGCGGUGCCCCCGGACGCCCCGCUGUGCCUGCGGCGUGCCACCAUCAUCGAGAUCUAGCCCAGCCCCUCCUGGCCCCCUCCCCAUCCUCAGGACUCGGCUCUCCCACUCCUGGGGAGACACUCACUCCCAUUUUAAAGCAGCUUGACAGUGUGACUUGGCUUCCGCAAUAGUGCAGGCAGGGAACUCCAAACACCGGCCCGCGCGGGUGGGCAGGAUCCAUUUGUCUCCAAACAUUCCCCAGUCCUGGCUCUCUGGCUAUGCAAGGUGGGACAAUUCCCAGCACAUUUCUCCCUCUGACCCCACUACAGUCACCCCCUCAACCAUCUCCUUCCUCUGGUUUGGGGUGGGUGCAGCGGGGAUGGGGGAGAGCUCAUCCCACCUCCCAGGUGUGGCACUGAGCAGCCCACCUCGGUGGGCAGGGGUUCAGGUGUGGGUCCUGCAGCAACAGCAGAUCUGAACCAACUCACCCUGGGCCGGGUGCCAGUGGUCACUGGGAGGAUUAUCCAGGAGGUUGGGAGCUACAUGAGUAAAAGGUUAAAAAUCUCCUGGCUGGCAGCAUCCCCCAGCUGAGGAUGAGGAAGAGCAGGCCCACUGUUCCCCCUCCAUUUUUUCCCCACUUCCACCAACUCCAAAAGUUUCCAGGCAGGAAGUUUUCCUGCCCCUGCCGAGCAGCUGCCAGCUGCUGAGGCUGGAGAGAAACACCCUGAGAAACAGCCUGUUCAUGGACCCCUGUGGCCCAGAGUCUCCCAUCUUCCUCCCAGACCACUGAUGCAGGGCAGGACCAGGGACGAGGGCAAUUCCUGGUGCCAUCACCGUGGGCUGCAGGGGGGGAACCUUCCCAAACCCAGCUUCAUCCCACUCACCAGCUUGGCUCUGAGCUCCCUCCCUGCCCAGGCACCCGGGGCCUCCCAUUUAAAAAACAAAACAAAACCAAACCAAAACACCAACCGACGAGCACAAAAUCCCAGUGACAGCUGCAUCUGCAGCACGUUUGAAUCGCCAAAACCACCCAACUUGGUUCCUUGGACAGAUUAGUUUGAGAACCAAAAGGGCAGCUGAGCUUUGGGGAUGACCUGCAAAGCUGAUGAGGUCAUCCAGACCCUCCCCAUUUCCACUGCAUGCUAACAGUAUAGAAACAAAAACCCAAAAAAACCUGUGCUAUCACCAACGCAUGAACUGUAGAUAUCGUACCGACGAAUAAAGCCCUUUCUGUAACUGCA